AACCAGAACGGUAUACGUUCCGUCCUGACCCGAGGGCAGACUUUGUUUUCUCCGGCGACGGCGGAACGAGCGAGAGAGUCCUCGGCGCGGCCGACCACCGCCUACCGGAUCCCGCGAUUUUGCCGGCAAGAAGGGGCGCAGGCCUAUCCGCACCGCAGCGCGCGCCAUGGCAGGUAAUAACCCACCACCAAAGCCAUGGGAACGUGUUGGCACUUCAUCUGGCCCAGCCCCUUUCAAGCCCCCAUCUGGAGGCAGCACAAGCGACGUUGUUGAGGCCUCUGGGACAGCAAAACCUGGGGAAGUUGUUUCUGCUGCACAGAGCAAUGCUGCUUUCAACGUGAACAAUACAGUUGCAGGGCCUGUGCCCCCGCGUCCCUGGCAGCAGCAAGGAUACGGAAACACUUAUGGGGGUUAUGGUGCCAGUACCUAUAAUUCAUAUGGUGGAUUUGGUGGGGCUUAUAGUAACGGCGGGCUAUACGGAAAUAAUAACAUGUAUUCAGGGUAUGGAGGUGGUUACGGCGGUUCGUACGGGGGCUCUGGAAUGUAUGGUGGGUCAAUGUAUAAUAACGGGAUGGGAAAUCCAUACGGUGGUAUGGGCAUGGCUCCAUACAAUCAGGGUCCUAAUUCAUUUGGCCCUCCAGCACCACCCCCAGGUUUCUGGGUGUCCUUCCUACGAGUGAUGCAUGGGAUUGUGAAUUUCUCUGGGCGAGUUGCAUUCCUUAUCAGCCAAAACACUCAGGCAUUCCACAUGUUCAUCACAGCUCUUUUGCAGCUCUGUGAUAAGUCUGGAAUGCUUUAUGGUGAGCUUGCGAGAUUCACAUUCCGUUUGCUGGGGAUCAAAACCAAACCAAAGAAGGGCGGAAUUCAGGGUGCACAAGCUCCACCAUUUGAGGGGCCAGGCCAGCAGUUCGUUGAGGCACCAAAAGCUAACAAGAACUCCUGGGAGAACGUAUGGAGCGGUGAUGCUAGGGGAAUGUGAGGUGCUAUAGGUGUGCGGUUACAGUGACAGGUUUUGUUAGAUGAGGACGAUGAGUUUGCUUAUGGCUACUGGGAGAAAGGAAAUCUACUGACUUGUGUUCGGAUGCUUUUGGCAUUUGAACCAGAGCAAGGAAACCAAGUAAUCUCUGAUUCUUGUGAUUUCUUUUCUUCCCUAGUAUAUGUGCACUUCUGUUCCGAAGAGUUUGCUGCUGUGAGAAAUGUGAGCUUGUAAAGUAUGGCUUUCCUGAUAAUAGAGUAAAUAUUACCCCAA